AUGUUUCAGGGGAGGUGGAUUUCCCCAUCCAUGGACCUGGAGCAAAUUAUCCAGCAGAUUGAAACUGUAGAAGCACAGGCUCUGAAAGAAGAUUGCUCUUGGAUGUCCUUUGCAGUGGGUGACCUCGAGUGUGAUCUCCAAGUCUCAAGAAUGUGGCUUUGCAGUUCCAAGAUGGAGAGCAUCAUUGCCCUAAGAAUCCUGUCUGGGUCUUCCAUCCCUCGAAGCGUUAUAGCAUUUGGACAAAGAAUCAUGAUCCUCAUGCUAACCUGAAUUAGAGUGUGAAUGGGCUGAGGGAAACAGGUUGUACAAGUGCAAGCAAGAACAUGCAACACAGCACAGUCCCAUUUCUGCAUAUUCCGUGAAUUUUGGCAGUGGAGGGAG